AUGAAUGAACACUGUCAUAAUAUGUAAAAGUUUUGUAAUAAAACAGUGGGUAUUCUGGAGAACGCUGGUGUAGCUAUUGUCCCCUGUAACCCCACUGAUGCUUCAGUGUGUUUAAGGUUGUGAGAGCUCUCUCUAGAAACGGUGCUUUUCUGAGUUGCAGUAGAUCCACAUAGCCAACAUCAAUGGGUUCGCAAAACUCAUGCCAGAAGUUUUACCCAGGAGACAUUCUGGAAUUCCCUCGAAACAAGUACUUUUCCCACUUUGGAGUAUACUAUGGAGAAAGGGAUGGGGUUCCUUAUGUUGCACAUUUGACAUGCAGGGACUCCGAUACAAAGUUCCUGCUCUUUGGUCGUGCUUUGAACUCCUCUGUAAAGUUGGAACCAAUUGACAUUGUCGGCAAAAAGUACAAAGUGAAUAAUUACCUGGAUGAGAAGCACCCACCACGAGACUUCUACUCCCACAUCAAGCCGGAAAUCGAAGAUGCAAUGACUAAACCAAUCACCUUCGACAUCCUGUUCCACAACAGUGAACACCAGGCAACACUCUUACGCUAUGGAGUCAAAAAAUCAGAGCAGAUUGAUAAAGUCUAUGCGAAGAUAGUUCCAACCUGGCGUGAACCGUUCGAGAAGAAAAGGUUUUGAUUCAGAAAGUCUGUAAUUAUUGGAACCUGAACAAUUCACACUGUCAACCACAAAAAUAUAUAUAAUAAUUAAAUAUGCGUAUAUAAUAUGACAAAUAGAUUACAGGUGAGUUACUGCAGUGUACUGUAGUAAAAGAUAUAGAGAUAGUAAAUAUUGCAGUGGAUGGUUUGGACAGAUGUUCAAAGAGGUGGAAACAGUUUAUAUUAGAAAGAAAAAUGAACAAAAAGGGAAAUUAGUAGCAUAUAUUCCUAUGUUAUGCAUUUAAAUAUAUUCAACCACAUAUACCGUUACUCCCCAUAUUCGUUACAUAAUCUAUAUUACCACUUGGUGGCAGAAGUGAGACAUUCAAAUUUUCUAAACGGUAAUUUCUCUAAGAGCGCAUCCCAUAAUCCAUAAUUUAACAUGUGGAUUCAUACCGUGGAUAUGUGUGCCAAACUGAUUACAAGCCUCACUUCCAACAUUGUGAAGCUGAAAAAGGUAUCAUAUAUUGGAUUACGGAUUAGAAUACAUACAUGGUUCAAAAUUAAGGCCAUGAGUUAUUUGUAUACUCAUUUUUCUUCUGAGAUAUUUUAGUUGCAAGUUACCUCAAGUUGUACUAUCGCCAAUGUGAAAAUUUCGUUUACUAUUCUGUUCUCUGUCACAAUUUUGAAUCCUCUAAAAGGGGUAUCAGAAAUGUUAUCUUCAUGCUUAAACCUAGGAAAUGAUCGCUGACAUCUGGAAUAUCAGAACAGUUUUAACUCCAUCUCCACUUAUAUGCCAUUUGAGAUAUAAUACUUAACUCAAUGUAAUGCAUUUACAUUUAUGGCAUUUAGCUGACACUUUUAUCCAAAGCAAAUUACAAUAAUGACUAAAUACAACUUCAG